CUCUUCUGAUGGGCGUCAUCUUGGGUUGUUCUCGAACAGAGUGAACCAAGCUAACAGUUUUCAGUGUUUGUGAAUCCAAACUCCUUCUUUUUCUUCUUCAGCAGAAAAGUUAAAAGAACCUUUCCACUCAAUCAUGGAUGAGAUUAGAAGAAGAAACAACUCCAGAAAUCCCUACAGGGACUACGACUUCGACGCUGUCGAUACGAAUAUGUUUUACUCGCGAGCUCUGCCACCUCACGUGAAAAUCGAUUGGAAGCGACCUUGGGAAUUGGUUGACAACCCAAAAUUGAUUAUUGGUGGAGCGAGCCGACUGGACAUCAAGCAGGGUAUGCUGGGAGAUUGUUGGCUUCUUGCUGGUAUUGGUGCUCUAACCCAGCAUGAUAAGCUCCUUAACAGGGUUCUCAUUACCGAUUAUGUUGCUGAUAAUAAGGAUCCUAACUACACUGGAGCUGUUAGGUUUAACUUUUGGCAGUAUGGGGAAUGGAAGGAGGUGAUUACUGAUGACCGUCUACCUUCUCGAAAUGGAAAGCUUGUGUUUGUGCAGUCUGCUGAAAAGAAUGAGUUCUGGUCGUCUUUACUGGAAAAAGCUUAUGCUAAGGUUCAUGGAAGUUAUGAGGCUCUCAAAGGUGGACAGACUGGGGAAGCUUUGGAGGAUUUCACUGGUGGUCUAUCUGAGUCAUAUGACCUUAAAAAACCACCAGAAGACCUGUUUGCAAUUAUGCAGAAAGCCAUGGCAAGAAGCAGUUUGAUGGGAUGCUCUAUUGCUGCUAAACCAAAUGAGAUUGAAGCAAAAGGUGCAAUGGGUUUGGUGAAAGGUCAUGCGUACACUGUGACUGGUGUGCACACAGUGAACUAUAGAGGUAGACCAACUGAACUUGUUCGUGUUCGCAAUCCUUGGGGUAAUGACAGAGAAUGGGAAGGAGACUGGGGCGAUAAGUCAAGUCAGUGGAGAGAACUCAACGACAGCGAGAAGAGAAAGUUGGGCUUGACAUUUGAAGAUGAUGGGGAAUUUUGGAUGUCAUUUAAGGAUUUUGUCCACCACUUCACUACCCUUGAGAUCUGCAUGUUGGGAGGAGACAGUGCUGUGGACAAAAGCAAAGUUGCCUUUGAGUCACGAACUGAGCAAGGCUGCUGGAGUGCCGCUUCUGCUGGAGGUUGCCGUAACUACAUCAACACCUUUGCAAGCAACCCUCAAUACCUAAUUAAGCUUGAAGAUGCAGAUGAUGAUGAAGAUGAUCUCUGCACCGUUGUGGUUGCUCUGAUGCAAAAAGAUCGCCGAAAGGAGAAGAGGAGAGGAAUGAAGAUGUUGACAAUUGGAUAUUCCAUUUACAAGGAAGAUCCUCAAAAUCCAGGCAAAGAAUUGAACAAGGAAUUCUUUAUGUACAAUCAAUCUGUGGCUAGAUCUCCUUCCUACAUCAACAGCCGUGAAGUGGUUGGACGUCACAAGCUCCCACCAGGCAACUAUUUCAUCAUUCCAUCAACUUUCAAACCUCAAGAGAGGGGAAAUUUCAUCCUUAGGAUCUUUUCUGAAAAAGCUCACAAGACAGGCGAGGUAGAUACAUCAACAUCCUUUACUUCAAGAGAGGACAGAAGGGUUAAAAUCACAAAUGAACAAAACAGCAGUCUUGAUGCUAAAUUCAGGCAGAUUUUUGAUGAUGUCUGUGGUGAUGAUGAUGAAAUUGAUGCCUACGAGCUCCAGCGAUUAUUGACAUCUGCUUUCAAGAAGGAUCUUGGAAGUCAAGAAUUCAGCCUAGAGUGUUCCAGAAGCACUAUUUCCAUGUACGAUGAGGAUUUGAGUGGAAAACUGGGCUUCAAAGAGUUCAAGGAAACUAUCAUGCAAGUCAAAAAAUGGCAGGCAAUUUUCAAUUCAAAAGAUGCUGACAGGUCUGGAUCCAUGGAUGCCUAUGAACUCAAAAGUGCACUGCGUGAAGGAGGAUUCCAACUCAGUAACAAGAUUGUUGAUGCUGUUGCAACACGAUUUGCCAACAAGAGUGGUCAAGUCUCCUUGGAUGACUUUAUCCAGAUUAUGGUCCGCAUGAAUGUUCUCUACAACAACUUUGAAAAGCAUGGAAGGCAUGGACAAGCCACUUACAAUCUUGCUGAGUUUUUGGUGGAGAACAUGGUCCUCUAAGCACUUCAUUUUACUGACCUCAUGAUGGUUGAAUCAUUAAUCCUAAUGUAACGUCUUCAACACCAAGAAAAAGAGCCUUGGAAACUAUAAAAUUAAUAAGUAAACUACUAGUUCCUUCUCGUGGAUUCUAAAUUAUUGACAGUUAACACUAUAGGAAAAUAUUCACCAAUUUUCUACCUUACACAGCUGUUUCAAUAAAGGUUGUCGGAGAGAAACAUUGAAUGACUUUAAGGGAACAAUUAACUUGUUUUCUUUCUCUUUUGUCAAUCUUUCUUGCAAGAGCUGUAUGUGGUUUAUGCUCUAGACAUAAUCUAUUUUCAUUCAAUAAUUUUUAAUUCAUAAUAUUAUCUUAUAUCCCAGAAAAAAUAAUUCAGAAUUGGUGCAAGAACUUUGUGUCUGUGAAGUGUGACAUUGGAAACUUUUUUUGACCUUUUAGUUUAACGUCAAACCUUUUUAAUUCAAAAAUUAUUGAGUGAAAAUACUAUUAGUGCUUGAGUGGUUCACAGUUAUUCCUUUUAUAGUAGCUUGUUAAUGUCGUUUUUUAAAGUAAUUCAGUCCUUAUUAAAAGAUAAUAAAAACAUUGGACAGUCAAUUGAA